ACUGGAGCCCCAAGAUUCGAUUCCCUACGUGCAGCCACGGCCACUCGUGCAACGAUGAAUAUACCAGGUGAAUCCCCUCACGAUUUCACCAGCCACUGCGAACUGUGAGCGCUCCAGAAUCCUCGCGGAUGCAAGGGGCCAUCAUCCGCGCGGCGGUGGCGCGCUGCCAAAAGAACCACCGCGCAACCACGUACGGCCGCCCUGCGGUACCACGCGUGCGCGUGCCGAGAAGCCUCUGCGUCGGCGGCGUGGGUAAAUGGCUCAUCGCGGCCGCCACGGGCGACCGAGUGCGGGCCGCGGACGUGCGCCCGGGUGGCGAAGGGAGGCAGCACGCGCCGCGCCCGGACGCCGUUGCGGAGACGCCGCCGCCGUCCCGCGGCACGAAGAGAGGGAGCGUGGCCGGCGCCGUCGCGCUCAUCGUCGGGACCAGCAUCGGGUCCGGAAUCCUCGCCGUGCCGCAGCGCACUGCGCCCGCGGGUUUCAUUCCGAGCGCGGCGUGCAUGAUCACAUGCUGGGCUUUUCUGGUGGCCGAAGCGCUGCUUCUGGUCGAGAUCAACGUCCGCUUGCGGCGGAGGAGGAACAAGGACAAUGGCGGCGGCGAUCUUAACUGCCGCGGCGGGGAUCUCGAGGUCAUCUCCAUGAAGAGCAUGGCGCAGGAGACGCUGGGCGAGUGGGGCGGGAACGUGGCCACCGCCACCUACCUGUUCCUGUCCUACACUUCCAUGGUCGCCUACACGUCCAAGUCCGGCGAGGUGCUGUCACGCCUGAUCGUUGGCGUUCCCGAGCCCGUCUCCGGCGGCGCCUUCACCACCGCGCUCGCGCUGCUCGUCGCCGGCGGCGGCACGGGCAUCACCGACCGAGUGAACCAGCUGCUCACUUUCGUCAUGAUAGGUUUACUGCUGACGAUUGAGGUCUCGGCGGUGGCGUUCGGCGGUGGCCUGAGCUUGCCAGCGAACGCCAACUGGGAGCAGGUCCCCGCGACGCUGCCUGUGAUCAUCUUCACGCUCGUCUUCCAUGACAUCGCACCAGUGAUCUGCGCGUACCUUGGAGGGGAUCUCGCGAGGAUCCGGCUAUCGAUACUGGUCGGGAGCAUCGUGCCGCUUCUGUCCUUGCUCGUGUGGGACGACAUCGCUCUCGGCCUCCACACUGAUCUUAAUGGGUUUGACAUUCUGGACAUGCUAAAGACAGAAUGGAGCUAUACGGUGGUGGAGACUUUCUCGCUCCUCGCCGUCGGGACAUCGAUCAUCGGAACUCUGCUCGGAGCUUCCCAGUUCUUCAUCGAGCAGAUGAACAAACUAGUCUCUUCAGCAACGCAGGGACAUGAUAAGAUCAAGGAAGGCAUUGUUGUAUUUCCAAAGGAAGGUGGAUCCAGGCAUCUUGGUUUGGGAACAAUUCUGGAGAACAACAGGCUCAGCUACUUUGCUACGGCGAUUGUGGUUGUCCCAACCAUGCUUAUUGCUGCUACUGUCCCCAACUCAUUCUCCACAGCAACUGACAUCGCAGGUGGCUACUGCAUGACCAUCUUGUACGGUGUUCUCCCUCCAUUGAUGGCCUGGACUAUCGUCUCCAAACUGUCUGAUCCAAAUGCCGAACCAGUAGAAGCAGAGCAAAGUAAAGACCACAAAGGAGAAGUGGAGUUAACUAGUGCAAAGCCUGUUCUGGUUGUGAUGGGGGUGUUCUCUGUGCUUAUGGUCUUUGAGCAAAUUUUUCAAGACUUGGUCAGUUUCAACGCCUCUCUCGCCUCAUAGACUAGAAUAGAAACGAAGUCGAGUCGACAAUGUUGAAUUCGCAUCAACCAUGGGUUGAUGCAAGAAGGGAAAGAUUGUUAGGCCGUGUAAAUACGAAAUAAUACAUGAAGUGAACACAGUAGUUUUGUGCAGUUAAAACGUGCUGUAAAUAUGUUA